GAUAUGACGUCACGACUCACCUGUGGGUGGGUGUAGAAUUUGGGAUUAGCUGUAGCCGCAGGUAAUAGCCAAACAUUGGAAGACUGUCGGCUACACAAGACAGACUUUUACAAAAAAGGAGACGACAGGAAUGAGCUGAGUUGUGUUAUUCGGUCGAAGCGCCCGACUUGAGGUUUGCAAGUUUUUUGUCGUGUAGGUAAAAAUCACCUGGAAGUGUGUGGGCGGUCGAAGUCUUUCUUUCUGUGUUUGAGGCGCUAGCAGAAGUUUUCUCUCUGAGACUUCCGCGGUUUGCUCGCUGAACAAGUUAUCUGGGAUAAAAGACAACCACCAAGUGUUUCCUCCUAUGCGGUCCCAGGCAAUUUGAGCCAUGCCUGGCCACAGCACAGGGGCUCCACAGACGUCCCGCCACCACAAACACCACAGCUCCAGUACCAGAGCAGAAAAGUACAGACAGACCCGGACUAUAUCCAGGGAGAGCGCAGCCAGCCAGGACUCUUACAAAGACCCUCAUGGGGAACAUCUGCACGAGCACCGCACGGACCACUCCCGGUAUUCAGAGAACAAGUACAGUCGCAGCAGAAGCCACCCACGAAAUGGAACAGGACGGGGCUCUGAGACUAUAGGAUUUAUUCCUGGGUCAGCAGACAGCACACCUAACAGCAGGCACGCCUGUGGCUCCUGUGCCUCCAUGGGCUGGAGUGGUUGUAAGGCUCUUAUCUGCUGUGUACUGACCUGUGGAUUUUAUGGCAGCCGAGAGCCUUGCCUACCCGUUAACGAGAGCUGCACAGACCAUCCCCCUAAAGCAGGUAGCGAGCCUCACCCUCCUAAUGGCAUGGCUGUGACCAACCCCACUUGCGGCAUCCCUGUGGAGUCCAGCAAGUCUACCAGACACUCUAAAUUGCCCACCAGCGACAGCUUUCGCUACCCGGAUGUGCGCAUCGCGGGUCAAACAGUAAGGUAUCCAGUUGCUGCCCCCAAACGGACCCGUACACCUGGCAAAGGGGAAAGUCAGCGGCCUGUCAGCAACACCAGCCUGUUAUCCCGUGAGGACUAUGACUUAGAUGACCUGAGUGACACAGGCACAGAUAUUGACUCUCUUAUCACCAAGAAGCUGCUGGAGCUUUAUGCCCUGCACCAGAUCGACCAACUAGCCAAGUGCACCUCUGACUCCUCUUUCUCCCGCAAGACCAAUGAGAUCAGCGAGCUCAUCUACAGCAUUGCUCAGGACUACAACCUGGAGGAGCAGGAGGCUGAGUGCAAGCUGGUGCACGGAGUUAUCCGCAUCAGCACGAGGAAGGGCAAGAGAAACAAGAGCCAUCAGUCAGCAGGACAGCGUCCGAAUGGGAGGAGUGACGGGACUCUGCCCGACAGCGGCAACGAGACCAUGACCAACACUUUCAUGAGCAGUGACUUUCCAGAGGUGAAAGUCUCGGAGCAGACGCCAUCGGAUGAGCUUGCGAGGAAGAUGAGACAUUACAGCGGGAGAACGUACUCCUCCAGCACUGCCACCGCCUACUCACCUUACCAUCAUGACACUGAAACAGACUCCUCAGGCGCUCCCCUGCUUCUCUGAAGGCCAACACUGAAACAAGAGUACCCACACUGACAGUGAUGUAGCCAGAUAGAUGGACAACGUUCUUGGGGGUUUUUUUUUGUUUACUUUUGUUUUUGUUUUGCUUUGCUGUUACUCACUGGAGCACCUUUUCUCCUGAGCCGUUGUAUUUGUCCUUGUAGCGGUCAGGCCAGUUUGCCUUUGGAGUUUCAUUUAAAUUCAUGGACUUUUAUCUUUGCAGAUGACCAGCUGAAACUUUUUUUAUCACAGGGAGAGACAGUGCAAGUUUUAUGUAUUUGUAUGCAGUGUUUAAAGUUAAACACACACGUGCAGUUUAAGCAGUUAGGCCAGAAGAUAGAGACUGAUGGUAGAACAUAACCGUCCUCAUUCUUGUCUUUGUGAUUGUUUAUGCAAGCCAUUGUGCAUGCACUGUAAGGGGUUAUUAACUCCUGCCAUUUAGACUCCUUACAAGUGUGUUUUGACCUGAAAACUUUGUGAAGCCAUAUUUUGAUGUAGAUUUUUAAAUCAAUGUUACUUAAUGGGUUGUUAAACCAUUUGUCCAUGUGUUUUUUAUUCACAGGAAAGUCUUUUUUUUAACAAAAUAAAAAUCUCCAUGCUUG